AUGACCAUUCGAUCAAUGAAAUUCACUCCGGAGGUCCUACUGGGAGCUCCCCGCCGCUCUGGGCCCAUCCCCAACUCUGCAGGGACCCUCGCCGUUUACAUACAAACCACCUACUCCUUUGACUCCCAUUCCAAGACCAAUGAAAUCCGCGUGCUAGACAUUGCCAGUGGUCGAUCGGCAUUGAUCACGAAUGACCCAGGUGCCAGCAGUCCCCAGUGGUUGGACAACAGCGACCAACUGGUGUGGCUGAAGAGCAAAGCGAAUGGCAACACCAGCUUCAUUAUCGCAGACGCACGGGAGGUGGAUAAGACGUACACGGCGGGUACGGUCCCUGGUCCCGUCUCGGACCUCAAAGUGACCGUGGUUGAACCGGGCAAGAUCGGAUUUGCUGUGACUGGAAAGGCCAACCCCGAUGGGUCUCUGUACAACCCACAUGACGCCAAGAAGCCUCUCAGUUCCGGCAAACUGUACACAUCCCUUUUUGUACGGCACUGGGACUCGUGGAUCGAGCACCAGAAGAACGCCAUCUGGUAUGGCUUGCUGCAGCGCACGCCGCUCGCCCCUGCUUCCCGGCAGGCGGGAAGAUAUUCCGUUUCUGGGCUGACGAACCUGAUUUCAGUGUGUGGGUUGACUGGAGUUGAAUCGCCUAUCCCUCCCUUUGGGGGAUCGGGCGACUUUGAUAUUAGUCCGUCUGCAAUUGUGUUCGUGGCGAAAGACCCUAAUGUGAACCCCGCAACACACACUUCUUGCUCGUGUUACUACUGCCCGAUGUUUUCAUGGACCGGCGUGGGGGUCCUAGAAGCGAAGGCAUGCACGCUCAAGGGGCUCGAGGGGGCGAUGUCGUCGCCUGUUCUCUCAUCCGAUGGUAGCUCAAUUGCCCUCCUCACGAUGCGCGAGGACGGCUACGAAUCGGACAAGAACAGGAUUUUGUACGUCCCUAACCCGUGGAGUGGUGAGAUGAUUGAGAUCUUUGCCUCGUCAGAUGGUGAAGGUAAAUGGAAUCUCAGCCCGUCGGGCCUGACCUUUGCGAAGGAUGAUCAGUCAUUAUUUGUUCAGGUUGAGGAGCAGGGCCGUGGCGUUUUGUACCAACUUCCUCUCAACGAUGUGCGCCAUAGCACGCCUGACGUGCUUAAGAAGCUCACACACUCGGGCUACGUCACUGACGUUUUUCCUUUGGCGGCAAGCCCGUCCAAGUUGUUACUCUCUAGCAACAACCUAGUAGACAAUAGCUUGUGGACUAUUAUCGACACCGAGGAACCUUCAAACGUGAGGGUUGUUUCCUCCAUCGGUCGAGGAGGUGCCGCCUUUGGGCUUUCUUCGACACAGGUGGAUGAGAUCUGGUUCCGGGGCGCUGAGGAUCAUCCCGUUCAUGCCUGGGUGGUCAAACCAUCCAACUUCAAGCCUGGCAACAAGUACCCGCUUGCUUAUCUGAUUCAUGGAGGGCCGCAGGGAGCUUGGAAUGAUCAGUGGAGUACUCGCUGGAAUCCCGCGGUAUUUGCUGAGCAGGGUUACGUCGUCAUUACACCUAACCCCAGGGGCAGCACUGGUUACGGACAACCGUUUACGGAUGCAAUCCGUGGGUCUUGGGGAGGCUUACCUUAUGUUGACAUUGAAAAUGGUUUCAACUAUAUUGAGGAGAAUCUGGAUUACGUCGAUACGACGAAGGCCGUUGCACUUGGGGCAUCGUAUGGCGGUUACAUGAUGAACUGGAUUCAAGGGCAUCCGCUCGGUCGCCGGUUCAAAGCCCUUGUAACGCACGAUGGCGUAUUCAGCAUGACUUCUCAGCUUGCCAGCGAGGAGCAAUACUUCCCCCUUCAUGAUCUUGAGGGCCCCAUCUGGAAGGUCCCGGAAAACUGGGCCAAGUGGGAUCCAUCUCGCUUCACUGAGCAUUGGCAGACCCCGCAUCUGAUCAUUCACAACGAGCUCGAUUACCGUUUGACGAUAGCCGAGGGCCUCGCAGCAUUCAAUGUGCUGCAGAUGAGAGGAGUCGACAGCGCUUUUCUGACCUUCCCAGACGAGAACCACUGGGUGUUGAACCCGGAGAACUCGCUCGUGUGGCACCAGACUGUUCUCAGCUGGAUCAACAAGUAUGUUGGGCUGCCUCCAGUCAGUGACCAGAAUGGUGAAGCAUUUACGGCAAAUAUGAAAACGCCAUUGGAGAAGCGCGUAGCUGGUCUAUCUCUUUCAUAG